CCAAUCCGCCGAUUGUAUUUCGGAAUGUGGGGCUACACGUAUGUACGCUGAAUGAUCGUCGAUCGGACGGUGACUGCGAUUAGAGCGUGCAACAGUCGUCGACCAUCGAUCGACGCAUUUAGUUGGAACGUCAGCGCCUCGUGCUGGCUCAGGCGUUUAACGGUGGUAUGCCCAGUUUUUCUUUUCUGUAAAACACGACCGCGGAUUGUUGAGUGCGAAGAUACAAGCCCUGGAAGAACGGUGCAUCUGCUGGUUAGAAAACAACGUUUUUGCACGCCUCUGGAACAGGCGAAGAUCGAAUCAUUAUCUCGAUAACAAGAGAAAUCCGUUCGAAGAUACCAGUACGAAUUGAACGAUGGUGGAGAACGGGAAACCGAACCAUCAAGUUGGCCUGAUCAACAAUGGUGUCGAGGGGAAGGUUUCGGGUACUCGGUUGCAGAUCGUACCGGUACAACCGAAAACGAUCACCCAUCUACCAAAGAGGCCGCCUGUGGAUCUUGCAUUCACCGACUUGACGUACAAGGUGCGGGAGGGACGUAAAAGCAAUGUAAAAACGAUUUUGAAGUCCGUCAGCGGACGGCUACGAUCCGGCGAGCUGACGGCGAUUAUGGGGCCAUCCGGGGCAGGAAAGUCUACUCUUUUAAACAUUCUGACCGGAUACAAGUCGACCGGCGUGGAAGGUAGUAUCACGAUGAACGGCCACGAGAGGAACCUCAGUGCCUUCAGAAAGCUCUCUUGCUAUAUCAUGCAGGACAAUCAACUACACGCGAAUUUAACGGUGGCCGAGGCCAUGAAAGUCGCCUCGAACCUUAAGCUCGGUUCCCAUGUCAGCAAAGCGGUAAAGGAGGAAGUGAUCCAGGAGAUCCUUGAGACGCUCGGUCUGUCGGAGCAUAUUCGAACCAUGACCUCCAACCUGAGCGGUGGUCAGAAAAAGAGGCUCUCGAUCGCCCUCGAAUUAGUGAAUAACCCGCCGAUCAUGUUCUUCGAUGAGCCUACCAGUGGUCUGGACUCGUCGUCGUGCUUCCAAUGUAUCUCGCUACUGAAGACUCUGGCCCGUGGUGGGCGGACGAUAAUCUGCACGAUUCAUCAGCCCAGCGCCAGGCUGUUCGAAAUGUUCGAUGCUCUGUACACGUUGGCCGAGGGACAAUGCGUGUACCAAGGAUCCACGUCGCAGCUGGUCCCGUUCCUUCGCAAUAUCGGCUUGAACUGUCCAAGCUACCACAAUCCGGCCUCUUUCAUCAUAGAGGUGUCCUGCGGCGAAUACGGGGACAAUAUCAAGAGCCUGGUGAAUGCCAUAAAGAACGGAAAGUACGAUAUCCGGGAAGGUUAUCCGUUCCCCGAGAAUAAAUCGGAGGGGCUGAAUAAUGGACCGAGCGAGUCAUUGCAAAAGAACGUUGACGCUGGAGAAAACGCAGAGGCGAGGAACAAAAAUGACAUGAAGAAUCUGGAGGAGAAAUUUCAGGACAAUAAAACGAAAGAUUUGAACAACGGGGGGAUUAUUCCUUCUUUCGCCACCAACGAUAUCGUGAAACUAGCGGACGUAGUGAUAUCCAUGGACGCAGACAAGAAGGAGAACGCAGACGUGGCGUUGCUCGACGAUUCGAUCAUAGUGACGCCAGAACGGUAUCCCACGUCGGAGUAUCAGCAAUUCUGGAUCGUUUUGAGGAGAACGUUGCUCUUCAGUCGCAGAGACUGGACUCUUAUGUACCUACGACUGUUCGCUCACGUUCUGGUAGGAUUACUGAUCGGCGCGCUAUACUACGACAUCGGAAAUGACGGCGCUAAAGUACUUAGCAAUCUUGGGUUCCUCUUCUUUAACAUGCUGUUUCUCAUGUACACGUCCAUGACCAUCACGAUUCUUUCUUUUCCACUGGAGUUACCGGUGCUUCUCAAGGAGAACUUUAACCGAUGGUAUUCCCUCAAGUCCUACUAUCUGGCGAUAACGGUGUCCGAUAUACCCUUCCAGGCGAUAUUCUGCAUACUAUACGUGACGAUCGUGUAUUUCCUGACGAGUCAGCCAACGGACACUAUGAGGUUUAGUAUGUUCUUGGGCACGUGUCUUUUGAUAUCGUUCGUCGCGCAAUCAGUUGGACUUGUGGUCGGAGCGGCGAUGAACGUGCAGAACGGUGUAUUCCUGGCGCCUGUUAUGUCCGUGCCGUUCCUUCUGUUCUCCGGGUUCUUUGUCAGCUUCGACGCCAUUCCUGUGUACCUCAGAUGGAUCACUUAUCUGAGCUACAUCAGAUACGGGUUCGAGGGGACCGCGUUGGCCACUUAUUCGUUCGGUCGGGAGAAACUCAAGUGUUUCCAGGUCUACUGCCACUUUAAAAAUCCGGAAACAACCCUGGAGGAGCUGGACAUGCUCGACGCGGACUUCACUCUCGACAUUCUUGCUCUGCUCUUGAUAUUCCUCGUUCUUCGAAUCGCUGCCUAUCUGUUCCUUCGCUGGAAACUGAAGACUGCGCGAUAGACGAUCAUCUUGUACAAAUUUAUCGAUAUUCGAGCGUGCAACCUGUAUACAAGUGGGAUGCCAGGAUAAACGCGCGUCUUCGGUGUUAUUCGCCCCGUGUUUUAGGACAAAAUAAUGACUGAUCGAGAGGUGGGCAUACCCUCGAUGCCGUGUUUAAACAGUUUCUUCAUCGAUGAUUAUCGAUCGACGAAGAAAUUGCAUCUCUAGAAACGCAACCGGCGGGAUGUCAUCGCAAAGACCGCCCCAAGGGCAUGCUUACAAUUGUUAAACAUUGAAUCCGUGAGAUCUAAACUGACGUAAUUUAUUCGUUCUUUUUGUUUUUAAUUAGUUUUACAACGAUAAAACACAACGACUCUAUACAGUGACAAACGCGAUAUUACAUUUCGUUCAGGGUACUAUUUCGUCCUUUUAUAUUUGUUUAAUUACACGAUACGUAGCACAACGUUCUAGUAUGCACGUAUGUAAGCAUGUUGACGUUCUCAAGUCAACCUGCAUCGAUGUGUGACUGUGUAUGCGUGUCUGUGUGCCUGAGAGAGAGAAAGAGAAGCGAGAAUCGGGAAUAACGUGUGCGAGACGAUCCCGAUACGAGUAUAGGACAGCUUUGUCGGAUAUCAAAGCGCUGCUACUUUAUUCUUUUGGAGAACAAGUAAAAAAAACAAUAAGAGGCCUUAAUUGACAACGUUUCGCGAGCGAUCACAAUUUUUUAACCACCAAUGGCUGUGAUUUUGACGAUGCAGGAGAGUUACGAAAGAUUAAAUAUGUUUUUUUUUUUCGUAAAACGAAAGAAACUGCGCUAGGAAAGCUAAUUAUCUUGCCAACCGCAUCACAUCUGUGUAUCUCGUAAUACGUGAACGUUCUCUUUGUUAUCGCGCGGCAACCAGCGAGUACACGAUGGAGAAAAAAAAGAAGUAAAUCUUUUAUGCACAUCGUAACUCUUCCAAUUAACGUGUCUCUUAUACGUAGAACGUAUAUCCUAUUAAUCAAUUUAUAUUUUCUAAGCGGAGCCUACUUUUUAUAUAAAACUAUAAGUUACGUGAAGGGGGGGAGGGCAGGUAGUAGAGAAAGAGUACUGUAAAAAGCUUUAAAGAUACACACAAGUCUAUCGUCGGUUCUCGAUACGAGUCGAAUAUUUCACUUUCAUAAUUUAAACAUUUGUUAGAGGGUCGUGGCAUUGAUUUGGUACGCGAUCGAAAAACCGUUCGAUUGUUUUUUCUUCGUUUUUUAUAUAUAUGUAUACACACACACACACACAAGUAUCUAUAUAUACAUGUAAUGCCAACUCGACCAAUGUACUUCAACGGGACAUACAUAUGUUUAUAUCUAUUUACACAAAUGGGAUAAAUUAUAUACACAUCUUUACACGUGAAAGAUUAUUAGCCUGGUCGAAUCCGAUAAAACAAAUCAAUAUACUUUUGUAAAAGAUCGCGUGCGCCAGCGCGCAGGUGCACAGUAGCUGUACUAAAUUGGCGUACUCUUAAUUGUAUUUUAUAAAAAUGUGUUUAUUACGAAUAAAAGUAUACCUUUCAUAAAAA